GCCAUCUUAAAAUACUCGUACUAAUGAAUGAUGACUCAGUCUGCCGGUAACCCCGGAAGCGAAUUUCCCACAGGUUCAAUUUAUCUGCUGUGUGCGACAAUGACCAAUCACUACGACUCAGGCCGGCGGCGAUAUCAGCGCCUUGCAGUGGCGAUGAUGUCAUUCCCUGAGAUUUCUGCUGCCUCUGCUGACGGAGCAUAUCUCCAGCCUCUAAAAUAUUGUCGGAUAUGGCAUUUCAGGCCCUUGCAUAGAUAUAUAUACGGCAAUUCGCUUGCAGGCUAUUUCAACGUCCCUGAACUUUGCUCAACGCUAUUCCUUUCCUUUUCUUUGCUGCCUUCAAAGUGUUAUUGACAUAUCCACCCGUUAUGGACCACGGGGAGUUGAAAAGUGCACAUAUAACUUCCCAUUAAUGGACAAACCCACAGUUCGACCAGCUCCAGGCCCGCCGAAUCUUCCCUACUCCUUGCGGGAUCGUAAAUGGGCCAUCGCGUUUUUCUGGACUCUGUUUGUCAUUGACACUCUUGCCCAGCCGUUAAUACUCUACUUCACAUUGUGGUAUCUUACCGACCUGUCUCACAAUUUAGUUUUUACGAUUAGCACGGCUGCGUUGGGCGGAGUUGCUGUCGCUGAAUAUUUCUACAGAUUUUACACUCUGUAUAGGAAGGGAUCGGUCGUAAGGCCACUUAAUGCCCGGCGAUCAUGGCUGGACUUCUUCCAGAUCAACUUCACCAUAGUAUGGCUUAUCCUGGCUGUUGAGCUAAUUAUCGGAACUGUGCAAGAGGAGCCAUUUAUUCGUCUCCUAGCAAUGCCCUUGCCUACAGUUAUGUUCUACUUCGGGAUAGUGCAUUUGACGCUCGACAUCCUCCGCGCUCAAGGAUACCAAGCGCCAUUCCGCAUAUCUUCCACGCCCAAAGGCUCCGUAAUGCCGACCGCGUUAUACGUUUUGAUAGAAGAUAUUGUUGCGGUGGAUGGCGCGGGAGGACAGAAAUACCGACGAGCGCUGCGGAACAGAUAUCUAGCAAGCCCCUAUUUUCGACAGAUGCUCUUCGAGAUGAAUUGCUUCUGGGGAGGCGGAUCGAUUAUCUUUGCCACAGUUACGACCAUAUUAAUAUUUACAACUCCAAGAGAUGUUGCCUAUGUGCUGGGAUGGAGUCUCCCACUCCUUUGGGCUGGAGUAUGGACCCUGAUUACGAUUCCCUGGGUACAGGGAGAUCUGCGGAAGGAAAAGGCCGCCUGGGCAGAAAACGUCACUCUAGAUACAGAACCAUACACCGACAACAUCCUGGGUCCGAAGCCCAAAACCCGCCUCCUGUCCACAUCUGGCCGUCUAUUUUCCAUGCGCCCUUUUCAAAAGCCCGGCUCGAAUAACACGGAUGAGACAGCGAAUCCGUCUACCAUGAGAGAAGAAGUUUGA